AGAAGGCACUUUCCCUGGGCAGUACAGAGGUUACUGUUUAAUUCUUGCCACUUGUCAUUUCUAUUUUAAUAAUGUUUCCUGGCUAUUUGGUCAGGUCUGGGUGAUAGUUUUGCAGUAAUAGCUACCAUUUACUGAGCACUUACCAUGUGACAGGUACUAUGUAAAGUUCUGUACUUGCAUUCUCCAAUUUAGACAUACUGUGAAGUGUAGGUACUAUUUUUAUAUUCAUUUGAACCUAGCUAGGAUUUGAACCCAGCUCCAAGCUUAAAGCUUGUACUUGACACUAUGUACUUCAGUAAUAUCAAACAGGAGCUGAAAUUGAGGGGCAGCAUGAAGGAAUUGAAGCAGCACAAGUAGAUUCAGGAAACCUCAAUUUCAAACUCUGCCUUUACAAUCCUUCUGAAAGAGGAUUUGCUUCUAGAGCACCAAGGUUGCCUCCAUUUUUCCACCAGAGACACUCAAAGUGAUUCCUCCUGCAGCUUGUAUCUAUAGUAGCAGCCAACCACAAAGCACACAUGGGCAUUUGCUCAGCAUUCCAUAGAAGAGCCUAUUUCUCUGGGAGGUGGUGAGUACUGGGUGUGUGGUGUGCCGUGUAGCUGGACCCUGAAACACCUUGGCCUUAGCAGUUAUAAGUAUAGAGAAUAUCUUCCCCACAGGGUUAGGAUGAUUAAGAUAUUUUAAGGAUUUAGGAUGGUGCCUGUCAUUUAUUAGGCACUCAGUAUGUGCUGGCUCUCAUUGUCCUAAAAGACUUUUAGUCCAUGAGUAUUCAAGCUAGUAGAAUCCUGUCCUUUUAGCUCUACUUGAAUCUAGGCUCAAUGUUCAGGAGAAGACACGAGAUGCAUCUCUGUUGGUCCAGGUCCAAUGCUGUGAAUCAUACCAACUCUUGUGAGUUUGAGCUCCAAAAGGACUGGAAUUUGAGGCCAAAGAAGGCAAAAUAUUUUCCCUCCCCAUUCUUGCUAAGUUCUUGGGUUGUUGGUGUAAUGGAAACAGACAGUCCUGGGUUCAAAUCUAGACUCUACAUUUGCCUACUCAAGUUACCUGCCUGUUUCCAUCAUGGGAAGAACUUGGGCUGUGGAGAAGGGUAAACCUGGGGUCAAAACCCCAGCUCUGCCAGUGAAUGGGCAUUUUACUCAGUCAAGUAUCCUUUCUGAGGCCAUCUCUUUUCUAUAAAGUGGGGCAGCUGCAGUUCUUCCUUUGCAGAGUUGUGAAGCAGAGCAUAAUGCAUGUGGUAUAACCAGGCUGCCAUGGGGGCGGCAGCCAGUGAAAGGUCUGGAGCUGCUUUACAGGGGCCAUUCAUUCAUUCACUCAUUCAGGUUAAGGUUGAGCAAGGGGUCCCACGUGUGACUUACGCAUCCUUCUCCCUCUUCAGUGGGAGGGCAGCCAGGUGAGGCAGCUGUGGAUGCCCUGCCCACAGGCCAGAGCAGGUAAGGGGAAGAGGCUUGCUACACAGUGGAGGUGCCAAGUACCACCUAAGCCCAGCCGCAUUGCCUGUUCCACCGCCGAAGGCCCUGGCGCCAAACAGUGUUGCUUCAGCUGGUAGUAGUUAAUAUUCCUUUACUUGGAAACAUUUUCAGUUCCUGGGAGCAAUAUGGUGGCGUGAGGUCUCACUGUUCACCCGCCCUGUUUCUCUGUGACUGGGAUCUGCAUGUCCCCGACUCCGGCCCAAUUUACCAUUCUUCAAGGCUCACCAGGCUGUGGGCCCAGGGCCAACAGGGAUGGGAGUGGAGGGUGGGGUGGAGCGUGGGGAACUUUUCCGGGAAGAGGCCCAGCAGGGUCUUGGCUGGCGGCCCCAUUAGCCACGGCCCAGGACCCCAGGGUGGGAGAGUGAACGGAAAGGUACUCGUGCCUGGAGCGGUUGCAACAUCCUCCGUAAUGAGGGAGAUACAGCUCAGAGGCACUGGGUCGAAGGACCCCUCUCCCCAGCCCUCCUUUCAGGUGUCGGGGCCUAAAGGGGGUCCAGUUCCAGUGCGGAAGGCUGGGAACUAGAAAGCGUCGCGGACCAGACAGCCCGCCUUCCCGGUCUCCCGGGUGGGGGUUCGGGGGGCGUGGUGCGGCGGCCGGGGCUGAGAGGGGUCGGUGCGGCGGCUCUGCCUCCCCGGGAAGUGGGGCCCGGCCAAGUCCCGAGCGGGGAGGGGCAGGCUUUCUCCUGCCCGCGCCUGGGGAGACCCUACGCCUGUGUCCGAAGGAGGCCGGCGUCCAGCAGAUGCUCGCGGGGGGGUGGGGAGUGGGGGAGGGGGGCGGGAGAGAGGCGGGGAGGAGAAAACCCACAACAAAACUUGCGUCGCGGAGAGCGCCCAGCUUGACUUGAAUGGAAGGAGCCCGAGCCCGCGGAGCGCAGCUGAGACUGGGGGAGCGCGUUCGGCCGGUGGGGCGCCGCUCGGCGCCGGGGCGCAGCAGGUUCCGUCAGCCCUGGCGCCCAGGCGCAUCUGACUCGGCACCCCCUGCAGGCACCAUGGCCCAGAGCCGGGUGCUGCUGCUCCUGCUGCUGCUGCCGCCACAGCUGCACCUGGGACCUGUGCUUGCCGUGAGGGCCCCAGGAUUUGGCCGAAGCGGCGGCCACAGCCUGAGCCCUGAAGAGAACGAAUUUGCGGAGGAGGAGCCGGUGCUGGUACUGAGCCCUGAGGAGCCCGGGCCUGGCCCAGCCGUGGUCAGCUGCCCCCGAGACUGUGCCUGUUCCCAGGAGGGCGUCGUGGACUGUGGCGGUAUUGACCUGCGUGAGUUCCCGGGGGACCUGCCUGAGCACACCAACCACCUAUCUCUGCAGAACAACCAGCUGGAAAAGAUCUACCCUGAGGAGCUCUCCCGGCUGCACCGGCUGGAGACGCUGAACCUGCAAAACAACCGCCUGACUUCCCGAGGGCUCCCAGAGAAGGCGUUUGAGCAUCUGACCAACCUCAAUUACCUGUACUUGGCCAAUAACAAGCUGACCUUGGCACCCCGCUUCCUGCCAAACGCCCUGAUCAGUGUGGACUUUGCUGCCAACUAUCUCACCAAGAUCUAUGGGCUCACCUUUGGCCAGAAGCCAAACUUGAGGUCUGUGUACCUGCACAACAACAAGCUGGCAGACGCCGGGCUGCCGGACAACAUGUUCAAUGGCUCCAGCAACGUCGAGGUCCUCAUCCUGUCCAGCAACUUCCUGCGCCACGUGCCCAAGCACCUGCCGCCUGCCCUGUACAAGCUGCACCUCAAGAACAACAAGCUGGAGAAGAUCCCCCCGGGGGCCUUCAGCGAGCUGAGCAGCCUGCGCGAGCUGUACCUGCAGAACAACUACCUGACUGAUGAGUGCCUGGACAACGAGACCUUCUGGAAGCUCUCCAGCCUGGAGUACCUGGAUCUGUCCAGCAACAACCUGUCUCGGGUCCCAGCUGGGCUGCCGCGCAGCCUGGUGCUGCUGCACUUGGAGAAGAACGCCAUCCGGAGCGUGGACGCGGACGUGCUGACCCCCAUCCGCAGCCUGGAGUACCUGCUGCUGCACAGCAACCAGCUGCGGGCGCAGGGCAUCCACCCACUGGCCUUCCAGGGCCUCAAGCGGUUGCACACGGUGCACCUGUACAACAACGCGCUGGAGCGCGUGCCCAGUGGCCUGCCUCGCCGCGUGCGCACCCUCAUGAUCCUGCACAACCAGAUCACAGGCAUCGGCCGUGAAGACUUUGCCACCACCUACUUCCUGGAGGAGCUCAACCUCAGCUACAACCGCAUCACCAGCCCGCAGGUGCACCGCGACGCCUUCCGCAAGCUGCGCCUGCUGCGCUCGCUGGACCUGUCAGGCAACCGGCUGCACACGCUGCCACCUGGGCUGCCUCGAAAUGUCCAUGUGCUGAAGGUCAAGCGCAAUGAGCUGGCUGCCCUGGCACGAGGGGCGCUGGCGGGCAUGGCUCAGCUGCGUGAGCUGUACCUCACCAGCAACCGACUGCGCAGCCGGGCCCUGGGCCCCCGUGCCUGGGUGGACCUCGCCCAUCUGCAGCUGCUGGACAUCGCCGGGAAUCAGCUCACAGAGAUCCCCGAGGGGCUCCCCGAGUCACUUGAGUACCUGUACCUGCAGAACAACAAGAUUAGUGCGGUGCCCGCCAAUGCCUUCGACUCCACGCCCAACCUCAAGGGGAUCUUUCUCAGGUUUAACAAGCUGGCUGUGGGCUCCGUGGUGGACAGUGCCUUCCGGAGGCUGAAGCACCUGCAGGUCUUGGACAUUGAAGGCAACUUAGAGUUUGGUGACGUUUCCAAGGACCGUGGCCGCUUGGGGAAGGAAAAGGAGGAGGAGGAAGAGGAGGAGGAGGAGGAAGAGGAAACAAGAUAGUGACAAGGUGAUGCAGAUGUGACCUAGGACGAUGGACCGCCGGACUCUUUUCUGCAGCACACGCCUGUGUGCUGUGAGCCCCCUACUCUGCCGUGCUCACACAGACACACCCAGCUGCACACAUGAGGCAUCCCACAUGACAUGGGCUGACACAGUCUCAUAUUCCCACCCCUUCCCACGGCGUGUCCCACGGCCAGACACGUGCACACACGUCACACCCUCAAACACCCAGCUCAGCCACACACAACUGCCCUCCAAACCACCACAGUCUCUGUCACACCCCCACUACCGCUGCCACGCCCUCUGAAUCAUGCAGGGAAGGGUCUGCCCCUGCCCUGGCACACACAGGCACCCACUCCCUCCCCCUGCUGACAUGUGUAUGCACACGAAUGUGCGAACGGCCCUCCAAAGCCUAUGCCACAGACAGCUCUUGCCCCAGCCAGAAUCAGCCAUAGCAGCUCGCCGUCUGCCCUGUCCAUCUGUCCGUACGUUCCCUGGAGAAGACACAAGGGUAUCCAUGCUCUGUGGCCAGGUGCCUGCCACCCUCUGGAACUCACAAAAGCUGGCUUUUGUUCCUUUCCCACCCUAUGGGGACAGGAGCCUUCAGGACUGCUGGCCUGGCCUGGCCCACCCUGCUCCUCCAGGUGCUGGGCAGUCACUCUGCUAAGAGUCCCUCCCUGCCACGCCCUGGCAGGACACAGGCACUUUUCCAAUGGGCAAGCCCAGCGGAGGCAGGAUGGGAGAGCCCCCUGGGUGCUGCUGGGGCCUUGGGGCAGGAGUGAAGCAGAGGUGAUGGGGCUGGGCUGAGCCAGGGAGGAAGGACCCAGCUGCACCUAGGAGACACCUUUGUUCUUCAGGCCUGUGGGGGAAGUUCCGGGUGCCUUUAUUUUUUAUUCUUUUCUAAGGAAAAAAAUGAUAAAAAUCUCAAAGCUGAUUUUUCUUGUUAUAGAAAAACUAAUAUAAAAGCAUUAUCCCUAUC